CCCCCCCCAAAAAAAAAAAAAAGUAGUUUCAUUAAGUUGUAUGAGACAUAGGAAGUUAAAACAUAAAAAUGCAAAGAAUUGUGUCCAUGCAAAAGAAUUAAGCCCCACCCCACCAUCAUCAUCAACUGAGGCAUAUUUCCUUCCCUGAAGCCAGGUUGCUGUCAAGUUCUAAUAAUGAUUCUCACAGUCUUGAUUUUUGAAAUUAUAAAUUGCAAAUUCAAAUUCACAUUCAUAGUGUAAUAUAGUGUAUGUUGGGUUUAUUUAAAAGUACUUAUUUUGAAAUAAGUGAUACAUAUGGAAUGUAUCACUGAAUGGAUUAAAGAGACUCUUUAUAAUUCUGCUAUGGAAUGAGAAAUGUUAAAAAUUUACUGUAUAUUUAUACAACUACGUGGGGGGUGGUUUCAUUUUCUUUGUUGUUUAUUGGAGGGAGAAAUUGACUAAAUGGACACUGUUGGGAGAUGGUUGGAACUUUGCUGAUUGAUGGUUUGUACUUUGCUGAUUGAGCCCGGUGAAUGUGUAUGCAUUGAAAGAAGUCUCAAAUGGAACAGUAAAAUAGCUAUUUUGAAAUUAACAAAAUAUUUACUUACCUUUAAAAUUUUAAAAAAUUGAAUCACUGUGAGAUAUACAGUUACAAAGAUAUUUAUGAUUGGGUUUUAGUCAUAGAAUCUUUGAGUACCCAUUCCUUCACCAGUGUGCAUUUUCCACCACCAGUGUCCCUAGUUUCCCUCCCAUUACCACCCCAUCCCCACACUGCCCCACCCUACCUCAAUGGCAGGCACUUCCUCCCCUCUUUCUCUUUCCUCUCCCUUCCCCCUCCCAUUCCUUCCUCCCAUUCUCUCUCCCUUCCUCCCUCCCUCCUUCCUUCAGGGCUGUAUGGUUUGCAGUACAGGUACUGAUAGGUUAUUAUGCAUAUCCCUUUAUCUGCUUUCAGCACUCAGUUCUUGUCCACAGUGAUCAUUUCCAACUGUCAUUGUCAUAGUGGUCCCUUCUCUAUCCUAAUUGCCUUUCUCAGCCCCCCACCCCGCCUUGUGUCAAGCUACCAUCUGUGGACCUGUCCUCUAGGAUCUUGUUUAAUUGACCAUGGCUGUUAGUCUCAUAUUACUUAAAAAAUUAUCUGUCUGUCUGUCUGUCUGUCAUCUAUCUCCCCCAGAUGAGUGCAAUCAUUCUGUCUUUCCUUUUUGUUUCAUUUAAUUCGGCAUGAUUCAUUUCAUUCUCCAUAUCCAUCCAUUUAUAAGCAAAUUUCAUGACUUCGUUUUACCUGGUGACUGCUUAGUAUUCCAUUGUGUAGAUCUACCUUAGUUUCUCUACCUAGUCAUCUGUUUUCAGGCAUUCAGAUUGUUUCUAGAUUCUGGCUAUUGUGAAUAGUGCUGCAAUGCAUAUGGAGGUGCAGAUGGCAUUUCUGCUGUGUGUUUUUGAGCUCCUAGAGUAUAUUUCUAGAAGUGCUAUUGCUGGAUCAUAUGGAAGCUUAAUUUCUAAUUUUUCUGAGGAGCAACCAUAUUGUUUUCCAAAAAGACUGGACAAGUCGGCAUUCCUAUCACUAAUGAAUGAGAGUUCCUUUCUCCCCACAUCUGUGCCAGCGAUGGUUGUUCUUGUUCUUUUGGGUGUGUGCCAGUCUCUAUGAUAUAAGAUGAUACCUCAUUGUUGUUUUGAUUUGCAUCUCCCUUAUGAUUAGUGACAGAGCAUUUUUUUUGUGUGCCUUUUCUCCAUUUGUAUUUCUUCUUUGAGGAGGUUUUUGUUCAUUUCUUCCCAUUUUUUGAUGGGGUUGGAUUUUUUAUUUUCUAGUGAUGUUUUGCCAGUGCCUUAUAUAUCUUGGAUAUUAACCCCUUGUCAGGGAUUUGAGUUAUAACCGGUUGUCUACUUGGAACAUCAGCUUGGAAUCUCAGACAUUACAAGAAGUAAAAAUGAAUCACAAUGAGCUGACAGAAAUUCCACAUUUUGGAGAAGCAACCCUUAAUAUUACUCAACUUUCAUUAGUUCAUAAUGCAAUCCCAGAAAUUAAUGCAGAGGCAUUUCAGUUUUAUACUGCUCUUGAGAGUUUAGACCUCAGCACAAAUAUAAUAUCAGAAAUCAAGACUUCUUCAUUUCCUCGAUUGCAGCUUAAAUACCUAAAUUUGAGCAAUAAUAGGAUAACCAUCUUGGAACCUGGUUGCUUUGAUAAUUUAUCAAGUUCCUUGUUAGUGGUCAAGUUGAACCGAAACAGAAUUAGCAUGAUUCCACCCAAGAUCUUCAAGCUACCUCAUCUUCAGUUCUUGGAACUGAAAAGAAACAGAAUCAAAGUUGUUGAAGGUCUGACAUUCCAAGGGCUCGACUCCUUAAAAUCUUUGAAAAUGCAGCGGAAUGGAAUAAGCCAGCUUAAAGAUGGAGCUUUUUUUGGGUUGGACAACAUGGAAGAAUUAGAAUUAGAGCAUAAUAACCUUACAGAAGUGAACAAGGGGUGGCUGUAUGGUUUGCGAAUGUUACAGCAACUCUAUGUGAGCCAGAAUGCUGUUGAAAGAAUCAGCCCUGAUGCGUGGGAGUUCUGCCAGAGACUAUCAGAACUUGAUUUGUCUUAUAACCAGUUGACCCGCCUAGAUGAAUCUGCCUUUGUGGGUCUGAGUUUACUGGAGAGGUUGAAUUUAGGGGAUAACAGAAUUACUCACAUCGCUGAUGGUGUGUUUAGGUUUCUUUCCAAUCUUCAGACAUUAAACUUAAGAAACAAUGAAAUUUCAUGGGCGAUAGAAGAUGCUAGUGAAGCCUUUGCAGGACUCACAAGCCUCACUAAAUUAAACUUACAAGGAAAUCAGAUUAAGUCAGUUACAAAGAAAGCAUUCAUUGGCCUUGAAUCCCUUGAGCAUCUAGAUUUGAACAACAAUGCUAUAAUGUCUAUCCAAGAAAAUGCUUUUUCUCAGACUCGCUUGAAAGAAUUGAUCCUGAACACAAGCAGUUUGCUCUGUGACUGCCACCUGAAGUGGCUGCUGCAGUGGCUGGUUGACAGUGACUUCCAGCACUCUGUGAGUGUCAGCUGUGCACAUCCCGAGUGGCUCGCCGGCCAGAGCAUCCUGAAUGUGGAUCUGAAGGAUUUUAUCUGUGAUGAUUUUCUCAAGCCACAGAUACACAGGCAUCCUGACACCACCGUUGCUCUGAGAGGCACAAACGCGACUCUGACCUGCAGUGCGUUCAGCAGCAGCGACUCUCCCAUGUCUGCGGUGUGGCGGAAAGAUAGUGAGAUUGUGUAUGAUGCCGACAUUGAGAACUUUGUUCGGUACCAGCAGAAAGCUGGAGAAGCCCUGGAGUAUACGAGUGUCUUACAUCUUUUCAGUGUGAAUUUCACCGAUGAAGGAAAAUACCAGUGCAUUGUUACUAAUCACUUUGGUUCUAACUAUUCUCAUAAAGCCAAACUGACUGUGAAUGAGAUGCCCUCUUUUCUGAAGACACCCAUGGAUCUUACUAUUCGCACUGGCGCCAUGGCCAGGUUGGAAUGUGCUGCGGAGGGGCAUCCUGCACCCCAGAUAUCCUGGCAGAAAGAUGGUGGCACUGACUUUCCUGCUGCUCGAGAAAGACGAAUGCAUGUCAUGCCUGAGGAUGAUGUCUUCUUCAUUGCAAAUGUGAAAAUAGAAGACAUGGGCAUCUAUAGCUGCAUGGCACAGAACAUAGCCGGAGGCCUCUCUGCCAACGCCUCACUGACUGUGCUGGAAACACCGUCCUUUAUUAGGCCUUUGGAGGACAAGACCGUGACCCGUGGUGAGACAGCUGUGCUGCAGUGCAUAGCUGGAGGGAGUCCUGCUCCUCGCCUCAACUGGACCAAGGACGAUGGGCCCCUGCUGGUAACAGAACGCCAUUUCUUUGCUGCGGCCAACCAAUUGCUCAUCAUCGUCGACACGGGCCUGGAAGAUGCAGGGAAGUAUACCUGCAUCAUGUCCAAUACCUUGGGGACAGAACGGGGCCACAUUUACCUGAAUGUCAUGUCGUCCCCCAAUUGUGAUGCCUCCCCAAGCAGCAUGGGCCAUGAAGAUGAUGGCUGGACCACUGUUGGCAUCGUCAUCAUUGUGGUGGUAUGCUGCGUCGUGGGCACCUCUCUGAUCUGGGUCAUUGUUAUUUACCACAUGAGAAGGAAGAAUGAAGAGUACAGUAUCACCAACACAGAGGACCUCAAUCUGCCUCCAGACAUUCCCAGCUACUUGUCUUCCCAAGGAACUCUGUCUGAGCCACAGGAGGGCUACAGCAACUCGGAAGCAGGCAGUCACCAGCAGCUCAUGCCUCCUGCCAGCGGAUACCUACACAAAAGCGCCGAUGGUGGUACUGGUACCCGGGUUAUCUGCUCAGAUUGUUAUGACAACGCCAACAUCUACUCCCGGACCCGAGAAUACUGUCCGUACACUUUCGUUGCCGAGGAAGAUGUUCUGGAUCAGACACUGUCAAGCCUCAUGGUCCAGAUGCCCAAAGAAACGUAUUUGGUACAUCCGCCCCCAGAUGCUGGCACCCUGGAUAGCCUGGUAUCCUCGGUGGACAGAGAGACGCUGGCCUUUCCCACUGGCCAAGAGAGAACACAUGAGAAGAAAGUUGUGACGGCCACACACAUGAACAGUGAAACAUUGCCACGACCUCUGUGGAACAUGAACCAGGAGCUGGGCCACCUGACCCCUCCCUUUGCGCCAAAGCCAGGCCUCGAGUCUCCCACUCCAAAUCGAAGUGAGGACCCAGCGGAGAGUGACCCAGACUGUUUGGCUUCCCCCAGGUCCUGCCACACAUUUCACGACCAUGCUUUUGAUUUCAGUAGAACUCGGAACAUUCAAGAUGGUAGUGAGGGUACCUGAAACUUCCUCCAGGAUGAAAACUAGGCAAAGACUCUUAAUGAAUUCAUUUCGCAUUUACUACCUCAGCGUUCAGAAGCAGUCCCAAAGGCAGCAUUUGCUUUACUCUUCGUCUUCAGUUGCAUCUGCCCCAGCAUGGUGGGCAGGCAUUUGUUUGGGCUUACACCUGAGGAAGAAAGGUCACAGCUGGUGGAAACUGGGCACAUCUAUAAACACCUCGCAGCCCAGAAAGCAGCUGGCAGGGCUAGUCCCUCACUGCUGGAUCUGUUGGUUUACUGGGCUGUCUCUACCCUCAUCUCUCCAGAAUAGUCCCAAGGAAAAUCAGUUCUGUUUUGUCUUUCAAGAAACAAAACUAACUUUGGAGACCUCUGUGGUGUCCCUGGGAUUGUGCAGUGGUUUAAGGCAUACAGUUGAGACUAAGGCCUUGAUAUUCAAGGCCUGUGACAAGGAUCCCAGGCUUGACCUGCUGUAACCAGGUCAAAGGGGUUUGUAUUCUUGUGAAUAUAUAUUUUUUUUAAUGAUCUCUGUUGUCCAGGGAUUGUAUUGUAAAUAUAUGUGCAUUUAUAAAUGAUUUUUGUAUCCAUUGACCAUAUGUGUUGGUUGUAAUGUAAAUAUUUUUAUAUGCCAAAAUGAUAUAUGAUAUUGAGUAAAAUAUUGACAGAAGACCACAGACAGAAUUUGUAUAACUCAGAUGGAUGAAAUCUAGAGACUUUAAAGUUUGAAAAAUGUAUUUGUUUAGAAGUUUAUGUAUAAGAGUACGUAAAGUUUAUGUAUAGUGAUCGCAUACACAUGAAUACAAUCUUGGUGUAAUAAACCACUUUCUUCAUACCUCUAAUCAUUUGCCAUCUUUUUCCAGUGCCAGGUGAUGCUCCUUUCUAGGAAUAAAAGGCUCUUUCAGAAGGCUAGCAGUCUGUUAUAGCCUCUUGUCAAAACUAUGUACACAGAGAUUAUAGGAAAACUUGUUUUGGAUUCUUUGCAGCGAAGUACUUAGUUGGCAAGGAAACCAAAGAUUGUUUCUUUUCUCUUGUGUGUAUGUGUAUUUUUAAUAACAUUUCUUCUGCCAGUGCAUACUGCUUCUUAGCAAGAAUGCUUUGGGAAGUAGAGCGUACAGAAAUCCUUACACACUGACGCUUUGCAGUGAUCCUUAAAUAAAUGUGCAGGUGAUUAUGUAUUAAGCCAAAAAGUUUUCUUGAACUUCUGAUAGCAAAAAAGCUUUAUGUAAACAAAGACUUAAUCCUCGAGUGGAAUGAAAUGGACUCCAGUCCUUUGCUUUGCUUUCAGGUUUCCUCAUGUAGUGUCAUUUCUGUCUUUUCAUUCUAAGUCCGCUCAUUUGUAAUAACUUCAGUCACUUAAAAUCUUCUAAGUCACUGCAUUUUAAGGGUUCUUCUAAAUACUGAAAUUCUCGACUUUUUGGCAGAAUUUCAUGCUAGUUUUCAGUACUCAGUUUUUCCAUAGGAAGCAGUAUGGCCUUAGGCUGUAGUUUUUUGAUUUGCUCUGCUCAGAGGUUACUCUUGACUCUGGUCAGGAUCAGUCCUGGUGGGUCUGGGGGAACCCUAUGGGUGGUGGUAUUGAACUCAAGUUGACUGGGUGCCAGGCAAGUUUCCUUCCCGCUCUGCUAUAGCUCCAGCCCUGGCAUUAGCUGUUUUAAACCACCAGAUCUUUCUUGCUCUCUCUCCUAUUGCAGGAAGAAGGAUGGGGGUGGGGUGGCUGCUGGGGAUGAUUCAUGCAUAGAAAAGGCAAGUAACUGACCACUGAGCUAUGUCCCCAGCCCCACUCCUUUUCCUUUUUAAGACUCCAACCUCUGAUCAUUUUUAGUUUGAAUUUCUCAAAUACCUCUUUUUUUACCCUUUCCAUUUAUGUCUCCUCUUUUUAUUUGGUGGUACUGUAAUUUGUCCAGGACUGACUCUGGGGAUCUAGUUAAAUUCCCGACUCUGCUAUGUCUGUGUGUAUAAUCAAGUACAACUCUGUUUUCUCAGCUCUGAUUUUUUGCACUUAAAAAUUAGGCUUACUUUUAGUUGCUCUCACUGAUCCUGGAAAUGUAUGAAUCUGAUCUCUUUUGGAACUAAGAACUUCGCUACUCUAGUAAAAAGCUGCUUGCAUGAAAUGUUCCAGCAUAGAACCAGAGAUGCUGCUCGCUCUGAUUUGAGCCGGACUGAUUUCCUCUGUAGUAGAGUCAUACUGUAAGAAAUGCUUGGAGGAGAAAAAAAUAUUUUGAUUCUAAACAGAAAAGUAUCAGUAGGCUUGUAUCACCCCUUCAGUCUCUAGAUGAGCCCCUCUGAAUGUUCACGGAAUACCAGUGUUAGUUCACUGAGAGGUGUCAAUGACUCGUUUAGAACUAGUCUGUCACCCACAUACCUUUCCAGUGUAUUCACCGUUACUGCCCUAAUCAUAGUGCGUGUCACUCCAGUUCCCAUGGACCUUCUUGAGUCACUAGAGUAGCUAUUAAUACUACCAAUGCCAGGGAGCAUUGGCUGACAAGUGGGAUGAGAAAAAAAUAGGCUUGUGAACUAGCACGCGGGAAAGUGUAAAAUCUGAGUAGGCUUUCUACUGGCCCAAAGAGUCUGGUCUGGUGAAUGGCCAGGUUCUCCUUUAUGCCAACCUCUGUGUAAGGGUGUCAGGACUUUAUUUGAAUACACUUGAGUCUGGUCUUUGAAGGAGGAAAAAAAGGAAAACUUAAGGACCAGUCUCCUAAGACUACAGUUCUAGCCUUAGGAAAAGGAAUUCUUGGAACUUCUUGUGAUUGCAUAAAUUUUUUGACGAAGCAGAGACACCACCCUGUGCUCUGUAGCAUACGCAGGGUUCACCAGCCUCUGUCCUCCUAGUAGAGAGUUGGGCCUGUUUCAGAGUGAGGCAAAGUGACAGGAUGGGGAAAGUCAGCUCUGCUCCCCUCCAGUUCUGCUUCCUACCAAUCAGGAUAUCACAUUCUCUUAAUUUGCUUGUGUCUCUCCCAGGUUGGUCCUUCCAGUCUACCUAGAAGACGACUAGCAUUUUCCUUAAGUUCAAGACUUAAUGGCAUAGGGUUGACUCGGAUAUCACCUGCUCGCUCUCACCCUACACCUUCUAAACUGCUUCCCUGCACAGUAGGUUCUGCAGACACCCAGCCCUCAGCUGUGAGGGGUGUUUCAGCCUUCCCAUACUUGUGGCCCGUUAGCAGUCUAUGGACCUGUGGUUAGAGAACAUUGGUGAUACAGAAGUUACAGGGAAGCCCAGAAUAUACUUUGUUAUCAUUCUGUUUAAGCUAACUCAGUAAGAAUUAGAAUUUCCUUAGAGUUGUAGUAUGAACCAUGGGAAAAGUAUGUGCAGAAAAAAGUAUGUGUAGUCAUCAGUUUAAUAGCAUUGGAAGUAUUUCUUCAUUGAGAUGGAAUAUGAACAAAAUGACUUUAAGGUCUCUUUUCUGUUUAUUACCGUCAAUCUUUCACGAGCAAUUUGAGAUUCUUAAAAGUUUAUCCUCUUGAAUCCUUUCUGUGUUAGUAAGUUUGAGAGUAUUUGGGUGGGGGACAUUUGGCCCACAGCUGGUAAUGCUGGGGACUGCUCCUGGCCCAUUGCUCGGGAGUGACCCCUGCCGAGUGGUGGUUGAGGGACUGUAUGUGCUACCAGAGAUUGAGCUGGGGCCUGCCACAUGCAGACCACCGUAAUCCCUGUGCUCUCUCCAGCCCUGAAGUUAAUCUUUCUAAACUAGAGAAUUUGGGGCUUUAGUUUGCCAGAGAGGACUUGACUAGUGUUCCGGAGAAAAAUCUAUUGCUAGCUGUGAGCAUAAGCAUCAGUACCAAAAAAGAACUGUAAAAGUCUCUUAAGUCUUCUAAUUUUUAUUCCUGUUUUCAGUGGCACUUUCUCUGGAAUGAGGCUGAAAUUGUGCUUAGUUUUCUACCCAUUGUCUUACCCAAGUGUGCUUCGACCUUAUCAUUCCAGUAUCCAGACAUGCUGAAAGGUAAUGGAGCCUCAGAGACAAAGACACUGUCAUUUCACGCUACACCCUUCAUUUCUUGUUUUGCUUCUUGAUGCAGAUUACCGAGGUAAUGAUGAAACAGUUGGACUCUGGGAGGUUGCUAAGAUUUUUGGCAACCUGAAAGUAAAGUUUUGUUUUUCUAUUAUGUGGUCUCUUUCUCAGUGCUGUUGGCAGAAGCUUUUUCCCUCUUGCUCCUUGCAGUGUAUUUUUUUUUUUGUUUUGUUUUGAUUUUAAUUUGGAGAGCAACUUAAACCUGCAUCUACUAAUAAUAAUCUGUUUUUUUAAAUUUUUUGCACACUGCUUUGUUUGUUGACAGAAAUAAAAAUUCUGAAUGAAAAGGUACAUUACAAUCUUAACAAAGCAACCAAAAUUUAUCUGAAGAUUUUGUGGGUACUAAGGGGUUUGUUUGUGUGUGUGUGUGUGUGUGUGUGUGUGUGUGUGUGUGUGUGUGUGGUUUGUGUGUGUAUUUGGCUUGAUCAGGUUGUAAGUGGAGUAUUUCUUGAGCAAUCCUAAUUAUCACCUAGAGGUGGCAUGAAAAGGGAAAAAACAGUUUGAUUUUGAGCCUAUUAUCAGAUUUUAGGAGUCAGUUGAUCCUUUACUCCCCAUAACUGUCUUGAAGGAGGGGUUGAUCAUCAGGUGAUCAAGUACCCCUGGGUCUCUUGGAUGUAGUGGUCUCUUGGUCUCCAAGAGUCUGCUAUCUGCUCCCUUUUUUCCCAGGUCAAAUGUGACUCGGAAAAGCCCUGGUAUUAGGUAUAAAUUGAGAGUUGUAAGCCAUGACAUUCAUUGUGACUCUUUCCUAUCUAUUUAUAUUUUCUCACACAUGAGAAUGUAUAUUUUAUAAAGCAUGUGUUUGUCUAUUUGUUUGGUCUACUGUAAAAUGUCUUCAAUAAAGCUAAACUCUGUGAUGAA